AGUUUAGAGUUCACUGGGUUUAGCUCGCCUCUUAUAAGUUCUGUACUACAUUUUUAGGUUAUGUUAUUGUUAAUAAAAAUCAAAUUUAUCUAGAAUAACUAAAUUAGUGAAAUUAUUAAUACAAUAAUUCAAAUACAAUUAUGUUUACAGUGAAUCUAGCACAUAAAAUACAUAAUUAUUUGCUUUACUUUACAUGUUCACUUACCCCUUUUAAAUUCUUGAAAACAUCAUCACCGUUUAGUUAGAAUGUAGGAAGUAUACAACAUGAUUAGUUGUCACAGCAUCUACAUCUUUUUACUUUGUUGAGUUUAUUAAUAUCUUACUAUUUCACGUCAAUUGAAAACAAUUAUAUACUUCAGAAAACCUCAACGCUAAACUUAUAAAGCAUUCUCAAAAAGAUGAGAAAGAAAAGGCUGACAGGUGCAGCUCGCCACAAUGCUGAGGCUAGAAGAGUAUUGCACAUGUGCAUGUCCUUACCUUUGCUGCCAGCUGACAACAUAGAGCCUGGCUUGGCUGAGGUAAGAAACCAUGUGCUGAACGUGGAUCUGGAAGAGGGAUUUAGCGAGAAAAUUGUCUGCAUCCUUGACUACAUCAAAGAACACUGGGUAGAAAAAGUUGGUGUGGAACAUUUGAGUGUGUUUAUGGCUGUAAGACGCACUAACAACAAUUCAGAAUCAUUUAACAUGAAGUUGAAGAGAGAAAUUGGAGUACAUCCAAAUGCUUGGAACUUUAUUGAUUGUCUUCAAAAAAUCGACAAGUGACGAUUAUGGCUGGGCCAUGGUGAACCGACCCUUGUCUCGGGAGCGGAAGGCCCGAUAUAUUUCGUGGGACCGGAACCUGAUGUGAUUGAGCCACCAAAUGGAAGCUGGAAAUAUCAACAUCAAAGACUUCCUAUUGGCAGCAGCCGGAACAAUCGGGGAGAAUUUGCGACAUUAUGAUGAUAAUUCAUCAUCAAACAAUGAAGAAGAGGAGGAGGAUUUGGGCCCACCAGUGGCGCGCAUUCCACCAGUUGAUGAUAAUAUAGCGGUGGGGCAAGACAUCGAAGUAGGAGAUCCAGGAGUGGAGGAUGUUAUAAACUUACUAGAAGAAGGAGAAGGUGACUACACAGGACCAAAUCUUUUGAAUUAUCGGUCUCAACCAAUCGCUCUUGAUAUCCAGGGGAUUGCUGAUUGUCCAUCUCCCGAGUUUGUAGCGAAUCAAAUACGGGAGCUGGAGGUUGACUUUCUCAAUAAUAUUGAAGAAAGCUUACAACACAAUUCCCCUCUGCCACUCUGCCUGCUCUGCCUUAAAAACACAGCAAGCAGACUUGUGGUGCCCUGUGGGCAUUUGUCAGGUUGUGCAGAAUGCACAUUAAGGAUGAUUAGGGUGCCAACAUACCUGCACGUGCAGGGUGAAAACGAAGAUAUCAUACCAUUACGGCUCCCUAUUAGAUGCGCACUGUGCAAAUGCCUUGUGGGGAAAUUAAUUAGGGCGUUCCUGUAUUAAAUUUUGUAAAUUUAAAAAAAAUUGAAAAUCACUGUUACUACGACUAACGAUCAGUUUAUUUCUAUCCUAAAUUAAUACUUCAAGACAUUCUACAAGGGAGUCUUGUAAUAGCUUCUCAUUGUUUUAAAUUAGCUCAUUCUUAAUAACUGCACUAAAUAGAUAUGUUAAUUUUUUGCACUUUCACUAAGCACUCCUGGAGGUUUACACCAGAUCUGUUGGCUUCUUCCUUUUCAAUCUCCUUGUUAAUAUUGAGUUGUCCAAAAGCUGGAUUGCCUCGACAUUUUGGUGGAAUUGCCUCAACAUUUUGGUAAACUUUGUAGUGACCAGCAAUUUCUUAUAAAGUGUUUUCUACAUGUUUAGAGUUUUCUUUGUGGAAAUUGACCUACUCCAUGCAGCCUCUCGUAAUUUUUAACCGACAUUUAAAAAAAAAUUUCGCCAUCAACAAAUAUGUUUUUCUGUGUCUUGGACAGGCAUCGGCUCCUUUUAAAAUUAUAAUAGAAUGAAACGAUAAAGCUACAAUAAUUUACAAUAAAAUUAACGAACCUUCCAUCAUCCCGAAGCUCUGCGUUUAUUCCUCUUCAAUACAUCACAACUCAAACAACUUUGAAUACAUUUUUUUUAAUUGUAAUUUGAUGGUUCAAUAUUCAGAUCUCACUUCGUUUUCAUCAAAGUCCAAAUUAAAAACGUUUUUCUUAUCUUUUCAAGCAAAAAAAUUUUUUCAUUCAUGAACCGUUUUUUUUUUUAAGUUAACACUUUUACCGAAACCCCGGUCUCACAGACCGCUAUGGAAUUUUGGAACUCACAGAUGGCAGCACUAGUUGGUCUUAUACCUUCCCCACCCCUCCUACCUUCUCACUAGGAAACCCUCCUUCUAUUGACAUGCGUUUUGUCUAGCUCUAGGUUGACGGUGAUUAGUUAUUGUGCUAAAGUUGAAAACGUGGCGGUCUCUCUGACCGAUGGUUUCUAGCAGUGUAGUGUGACACGCGGUCUGUCUGACCGAGGGUUUCUGUUUGAGUUUGUAUAGAAUUAGAGACUUGCUUCAUAAUGAUGUUCGUGAUGGUGACACAGUGAGUAGUGAAAGUGAAAUAGAUGAUUCGGAUGAAGAUCCUGACUUCAUAUUACCACAGCAUGGAGGUCAGGAGAUGAAUGAAGAAGAAGAAGAGAGUACAGAAGAAGAAGAUGAUCAAGAAGUCUUGUUGCAACAGAGUGCAGUUGAAGCAGAAGAGCAUGCAGUUGAUGACAUCAACCAACAAGAAGACACCUAUUUUAUUGAACGAAUAAAGAAAACAGAACUUGUAGUGCCAAAUGCAUGGACCAAUAAGCAACCACCCCGAAAUGUGAGGACACCAGCCAGAAAUAUUAUAAGGUGAUUGCCUGGGCUACAUGGACGAGCUAGAUUACUGGGAAACAAACCAACCAAGAAAGAUGUGUGGCAGCUCCUGUUUGAUGCUACUAUCAUGAACACAAUCCUAGUGAAUACAAAUAAGAAACUGGAAGAAACAAGAAGAGGUUUGUCUGUAAAUACGAAAAAUAACAACUAUAGAGACAUGGAUAUUGAAGAGCUCAAUGCCCUGUCUGCUUGAUUGACUGUAGUAAAAAAGUUUGCUUGAAAUGUGCAAAAGAAGCUGUUUCCUGAACUUAGUGUUGAAAGAUCAUUGAAAAACAUUUUCUGAGGUAGUUAUAAAGUUUUUAUGCUGCAAUUAAACUAUAAUAUUUACUUAAUUGUGUUAAUUAUUUCUAGAAAAAUCAUUGUCCAUAGAGAACAGAGUAUGUAGUUACUAAAGUCGGAGUAAAUAUUAGCUAUAUGAUAUAGCGGUCUGUCAGACCGGGGGUUUCUGUUAGUGCUAUCUGACUGAGGGUUUCGGUAAGAGUGUUAAAUCAGAACAGUUGAUGUAGAAAAUGAAUGGUCAAUCUUAAUUUUUAAAUUAGUCCAGCUUAUUGCAUCAUAUAAAUAAUAGUGUUUUAUCUUCAAUAUGUGCUUACCCGGUAUAUUUGUAAUACUACAUCCAUUAUGGCGUACCAUGUUUUAGAAUAGGUUAUGUUUGUUUGUUUUUGUUGUGUGCGGAUUAGUAAUUAGUAAGUGUUUAAUGAGUCAUUAGGUGUUUAGUUAAAAAUAUGAGGGCUAAAUUUUCAUUUAAAAAAAAAAAUUGAGUAGAUAUCUCCAAAAUUAGCUGAGAUACAGAGUUCGCUCGCGCGGUAAAACUUAGCUAUGUUAGAAAAAAUCCCAAUUAAAAAUGGAAUCAAAAUACGUGUUGUGGUUGUGAGUUGUUCUUUUCUUCCUUAAGCUACCAGAAGUGCAAUGUUUCUAACCCGAGGAUUAUUUCAAGGGCGAAACAAGCAAGAAACAAUACUAAAUACGCGAAACACCCUCAAAUCAGAAGAAUUUUAUUAAUUAAUUUUAUUUCUACAUUGUUAGAAAAAAUAAUCUGGUGACAGAGCAAAGCAAGAAAUAGACAGCGCUAUCCGCUAUGUUGAAUGAUUGACAAGGAUAGCAUUACAACAUGCCAAUCGACUCUACCAUUAUCACGUGGACAUCACUAUAGUUCAUAAUAUGCUCACUCGGAGCGCAUAAAGUUCAGCGCACGCGCAUUAAAUGUUUUAUUCCUCGAUGAAACGCUUGUACACAGAGAAUAAUCCUCUUUAUCAUAG